AAGUCGGGAGGGGCGUCGAGAAAGUUGGCAAUGGGCCACCUCGGCUGGUGGCUGGACCGGGAUCAGAAGAACCCAUCAGAGACGAAGAGACGGUCGCUCGACGAUGACGCUCGAGUUCGACACGAAGAAGGCUCUGUAACGACAUUCUCUUCUUGUUUCACAUUCGACUUAUUUUCCGUUGUAACGACUAAAUCGAGAAAGAAAGAAUCUUGGUACACGGCCUUCGUACACGACGCCGACGUUCGAUUUUAUUUGGUGGUUCCUCGUCCGUCUAGAAAUGAAUCAAGAAGCCAGAUCUCCCGGUCUGAACAUGGAACACGGAUUCGUCAAAAAAAUCGAACACAAUCAGCACCUCCGACAGCAACAGUUCAAAGACGAUUCGGUGAAGAGACAAGAAGCCGCCAAGCUAGUCAGACGCGUCGGUUUCCAAAAUAAAACUCCGAAACCCAGCAUGGAACUGUACCGACCUCCAAGUGUCCGGAUGUCUGAAGAUUUUAAUACAUUUAAUCUCAAACAGUAUUCCAUAGCGGGAAAUAAUGGCAAUAAUCUUGUCAGUGACUGUCAUGCCGUUGGUAUGGUUUCAGCCAGUACAGAAAUGACGCACAAAAGCGGUGGAAACCACAGGGUUCACUUUCAGACGUCUCACAGUCCCAAGUCUGUGGAUCUGAAAAUGAUGUUGCAGAGAUCGAAGAGUUUUGGAGGAACAGACCUGAUGGAAGUAGCUGCCGUGGGAUUUGAACGAGAUAGUUUUCCAUUAGAAUAUCAUGGAAUUAUAAAGAGAGCACUACACGAUCCAAAUUCUCUGCCAUCGCGACAACUGAUGGAAGUCGUGAGAGUAAUAUGCAGCAAGGCAGUGGAGAGUCUGCAGAAUGCCCAACCGGCAGCUCAGAUGUGCUUUACUAUUAUUGAGAAGGAGAAAGGCAACACAUUCCUGGAGAGCCUCCUGAACUCUUGUCGAGAGUGGUAUAACGAGAAAGACAAACUUCUAAGAAAUUCGAUUUCCGGAACGAACAUUCUCGUUUCCGGCAACGGAGCGGGAUCGAAACGAUGGACCGCGUACGUUUCUUUUCUAAUGGAACUAUAUCUACGCCUGAAAAGUCACCAUCGCACGGUCACCCUGGCCAACAACGCCGAAAGUACCGGUUCCAACACGACGGCUCAGACCCCUGCCGCAGCCAAUCAGACUCUGACUCUCUCCGUGCUCAUCUUCGAAUGCUGCCAGAUCAUUUUGAAACCGCCUUCCCUCAACAACGUGGCCGAGAUCGAAUGCCUUCGCUCGUUGUUAUCCACCAUAGGACGACAACUGGAAAGCGAUUCCCUGCAGCGCAUGCAACAGAUAAUCGCUCUGAUGAGAGAUGCAUUUAUCGAUCCGUCCAUAUCCACCCAAAUCCGCAAGACGCUUCUGGAAUUAGUGGAGCUCCACGCCAGCCAAUGGCAGCUGGACCUGCCGCAGACUAUGUAUUACUUCCCCUACACUACCCUGGAUCGAAACUAAACAGUGCCAAUUCGCGAGUGUGAAACUAAAAUGCACAAUCGUCACUUGUCUUUCCGAUUAUUUCUCUCCUUCCGUUGGGCUAAUUAGUCAUUUUCUCUUCUAAAUUCUCGCCAUACCAAACACAGUGCAAUACAAAGAAAAUGGAGUCACCAGAGCAAUAUGGAGAUAGUCUAGUCCGUGCAUUGUAAUAUUUAUCGAUUUUAUUAUUUAUUUUACGUUACGUCAGAGCGCAUAUCUCUGGCAGAUGGUUUAUAGUACAAUUCGUCGACUCGAAGAAAGGUUACAUACGUGUUUAAGUGUUAUUUCUCAAAAGAUAGACGAUAAUUCCAUAAUAUAGAUAAAUUGUUUUUACUUAUUUUGUUAAUAUUUUGUGCCAUCAAUUAUUUGAUGAGUUUUCCUUUUGUUUGUUAAAACAAAUUGUAAAAUAUAUUAUUAUCGAAGUCAUCUUCAAUUUUAGAAUUGUUGAAUUUGACAGUCGCUGGUGUUUUUAUUCUAUACGUGAAAUUUUUACGCUAUUUUUUUAACAAAUUAAUAUCGUUCGAAUGUCGACUGCACGAUUCUCUCCCCCUUCGCCUUUACCGUUGCACCUACAGCAAAAUCCAGUGACUCGAAUGACGAAACGGAAGGUGAUGGAAAAGUCUGGAUGCCGCGCGGAGACUUUCCUAGCCAAUUUGAUACCCAAUUAGAAGUGAUUAAACGACGGUAGCUCGUCGUCGCCGAUUGCUUGGUUUGUUGGAUAUUCCGGUCGUCGAGCGAAGGCCUAGCUUUGUACAUAGCACUUUCCCUUAACGUUUUUAUCGCCAUUCGUUUCCUAUUUGAAAUUUUGCUCUGUGUAGCCUUGCCUAACUUAUGGAUAUUACCGGGUGAAGAAAAAAUGAGAUUUUUGUGUAUUUAAACGUUAUAAUACGGACGAAAAAAGGAAUGUCGCCGUUCGUUGAAUGUUUCCUAUCGUUAACCGCAAGUUGUGAUAUUAACAAGUCGGUAAUUCAUCCACGCCAACCGAAUUCAUGUUCGUAAAGUCACGAAAGAUUAAAAGACGAUUGACCAAAA